AUGGCCGGUGAGACCGCCUCCGACACGAGAGGCAUUCCCACGGCGCCGUUUGUGCAUGAUGUGGCUGAAUUUGUGGGCGGUGCGGACAAGGAUGUAGGGCCGACGCUCCAACAGUUCCAGGAAGCCCUAUCUAAAUACAAGUUUAUGGAGCUCAGUACGGCGCAGCGCCGCAAAGUGCUCGAGCAAAAAAUUCCCGAUAUCACAAAAACGCUGCAGAUGGUCGAGUUUCUCAAGACACGAAAGGGCUGUCCUGAGCCGACAGAGACGACGUGUGAGCUGAAUGAUACCUUGCUAUGCCGCGCUACGCUCGAUCCUAUCGAUAAAGUGCACCUAUGGCUCGGCGCGAAUGUCAUGCUGUCGUACGAUAUCGAUGAGGCGAUCGACAUGCUCCGUGACAAGCUCGAGACGGCGAAAAGGAGCAUGGAUAUAGCGAACGACGACCUGGGCUUCCUUCGUGAUCAGAUUACCACGAUGGAAGUGAACACGGCUCGCGUACAUAACUGGGACGUCAAGCGGCGUCGCGAGCAAAGACAGACCUAA